AUGCCUGCCGAUCCAUGGCCUUUGCCGAACCCGGGGCCCAGCAGCGGAAGCUUCGACUUGGUGGCGCCCGACGAGGGCUUGGGAGCUGGCACAGGCAUCAGCCGACAAGUUCAGGGAGAUGUGCCAGUUUCAGAUGCUGAAAGGAGUCCGAGGACGAAGCGCGCUCCCAAGGAGAUGCCGUUGCGAUUCAGGUGCGUUUGUGGUACAUGCAUUGCCACGUCAGAGGGCUUCGUGGAUUCCAGAGAUGAUUCCUUUGUGUUUCGCACGUUGCAUGUGGGUGGAGGAGAAGCGGCAGGUCGCGUGGUCUGCGGUGAGUGUGAUCAGGCCUUGGGCUUCAGGAGCGAUGGCUUGUUCUUCCUCCGCCGGGAUAAGAUCGAGCAAAGGGCCGAGAAGUUGGAAGUGUUGGUGUGCAGUUUAAAGCUGCAAGAGAUCAAUGACUUGAGUCCAGUGCUCACGGACAUCUUUCCAUACAGCAGCGUGCGCGAGAGGCUACUGCAAAAGGCAGAGCUUCGUGGCUUUGCAGCCUUGCCGGGAAAGCCAGAUCUGGUUGUGGUUGUCCACCGCAACGAAGGCCGAGCUUUGCUAACUGACCGGAAUGGCUUUUACCACGAUGUUUUGGGCUGCGCGUACAAACAGACGCGCGGAAACGUGCUGGUUGUUUUGACUCGUGCAGAGCCGAAGGCGGAGACAGAUUUGUUUGACAAAGUCAUGCUGCGGUCCCUGUCAACAAGCGGCGACCAGCCAACCAUUGGUGUCUUAAGCGGCCUUGGGCAGGUGUUGACGUCUUGCACCCAGAUGUCAGCCAUCCCAUUUUGCUUGGGGAAAGCAUGUUUGAGUGUUGUUUGA